AUGCAUCGAUCAUAUCAAUCAGAAAAUAAUCAACCAAUAACAACUUCGAAAAAUCUUAUUAAUACAAAAACACCAUCAUCAUCAACAACAUCUGAAUCACUUACUGUACAUGAUCGUCAACAUAGUGAUGAAACAAAAGCAGAAAUACUCUAUCGUAAUAUACUUUCUUAUUGCCGAAAAGAAAAUACACAUUUUGUCGAUGAUCAAUUUCCACCAAUAGAUCGUUCUAUUGGUCAUAUGGACUCACUAGAUAAUCAUCGAUUAACAUGGUUAAGAAUAUGUCAAAUAACUCCAUCAUUACAUUCAGAUCGUCGUUUAAAUUGGUCUGUUUAUUCAUCACCAAAGCCAAGUGAUAUUCAACAAGGUGCUCUUGGUGAUUGUUGGCUUAUGGCUGCAUUAGCUUUAAUAACUGAACGACCACAAAUGCUUGAACAUAUUAUUUUAACUAAAGUAGUCAAUAAUCAAGGUGUCUAUCUAAUACGUAUUUGUCAUAAUGGUUUAUGGAAAACAGUUCUUGUUGAUGAUUGUUUUCCUUGUACACAACAUAAUCAGCUAGCAUUUACACAAGCACAUCAACGUCAAUUAUAUGUUCCAUUAAUUGAAAAAGCUUGUGCGAAAUUAUUUGGUUCCUAUGCUGAUAUAAUGGGCGGACAAACAGAAGAAGGUUUACAAUUAUUAACAGGUGCUCCAUGUGAUCAUAUUGAUCUUAAUCCAACAAAACAUAUUGUCGAAGAUGAAAUUAUUUGGGCAAAACUUUUAUCUGCUUGUGAAUCUAAUUUAUUAAUUGGUGCAUCAACUGGUCGUUCAGAUGUAAAUGAAGAAGAAUAUACUCAAAAUCGUAUUUCGAGUAAUCAUGCAUUUUCUGUACUUGCAGCACAUUCAGUAUCCUCUAUUCAAAUGCAAUUCGUGUUAGUUCGAGAUCCACACGGUCGUUCAUAUUAUCAAGAUGAAUUACUUACAGCACCAAUUCUUAAUAGAUUAAAUACUAUUGAUCGAAAUAGUCAAUCACCAGGUGCAUUCUGGAUUUCUUGGCCGAAAUUUCUUCGUUUUUUUAAUUCAAUUACAAUAUCAACUUAUGCAAGUGAUUAUUAUGAUGUACGUGAAGUAAAUCGUUUUACUCGAUCAUCGGCACAAUCUAUUCCAACAUAUCAAUUUUAUCUAUCAAAAACAUCAUUAGUUAAUAUUAGUUUAUUAUAUCAUCGUUCAAAUCGUCGAAUAAGAAAUUUUCAUACACAAUCAUUUGUAUUAUGUAAUGUAGAUCAAGGAUUAUCAAAAGAUGUUGGAACACAUCAAGCUAUAUUAUGUACAAAUCGUGGAGCAUUUACGCAUUGGAUUGGUUCAUUAAGAUCUGGUUAUUAUGUUGUAAUACCAUUUUCAACUAGUUUUUGGAAUGAUGAUGAUACAUCUGUAAAUGAUUAUACUCUAGUCAUACAUUCAAAAGUUCAUAUAAAUGUUCAAGUUACUCUCGAAACGCCAGCACUUUUAGCUGAUUGUUUAAUAGCUACUGCUUUAAAGAAUAAACGUCAAUUACAAAAAGAAAAAGAUUAUAAUUAUUAUACAAUGGCAGGUGAAUAUGAUUUUGCGAUGUUUGUUGCUGAAAAUAUAUCUUCAACAGAUUUUCUAAAUAUUGAAGUUGAUUUAAAUGAUAGUAUACGUGUACGUAAUUCAAGAAAAUCCUUAUCAACUUUUGAUUGUAUUCCACCACGUCAUAGACAAAUUGUUUUUCUCGUUGAAUGGACUAAUCAAUAUGGACAAAAUGCUAAAAUGGAUUAUUCAUAUAGAACACAAUGUGUUAAACAAGCAACUAAUUCAGUACCAGAAAUUUAUGGUAGACAUACCAAUUUUCAUUCAUAUAGACCUUUUUAA